AUGGGGCAGUACGGCGGCGGUUUCGACGGAAUGCAAUACAACGGCGGAGGCAACGUGGAGGCAGCGGCGCCGCCGAAGGUUCUUCCGCCCAAUGGCUACGCCGUAGAAGGAUCUCCAGCCAUUCUGAAAAUCAUCGAUCUCGUCAUCCGCGGCGCCGCCAUCUUGUUGACGUUGAUAUCGGCGGCGGUGAUGGGGGCCGCCAAGCAGACGGUCACAAUCAACGGUUACAACGGCUACAGAGAGGUCGAAGUAAAGUCAACCCAAUCCGCCGCCUUCGUAUACUUCUUGGUGAUCAACCCGCUGGUGUUCGCUUACUCGGUGGGCUCGCUGGUGGCGUCGAUCCUCAGGCGAGCAGGCGGAGGCGGCGGCUUGAAGUUGCUGUUGGUCAUCGGCGAUGUGGUGGCGGUGGCGAUGCUGUUCUCGGCCAAUGGCGCGGCGGUGGCCAUCACCGCGUUGCUGGAGAACGGCCAGAAGAGCGAGCUGGGAGGUUGGGGCAAGAUGUGUUUUGCAUACGAUGGAUUCUGUAGCCGCCUCGUCGCCGCCGUCGUCCUCUCCACCUUGACCGCCACCCUCUACGUCGUCCUGGCAGUGCUCGGCGCCGUCGCCCUCCGGGGAUCUAAUUAA